CUUUAUCCCGUUUUCAGAUUUACAUAAAAGGGAACGAAGAUAUUAGUAAUAAAAUUUCCUGAAAUAAAGGAAGAAGCAGAUUUUAUUUUUAUAUUUAUUCCAAUAACAGAUAAUAAAAGUUUAUAAAGUGAUAGAGGGGAACCACUUACAUCACCUUCACUUCGUAAGUUAUGAUGAAGAUUGCAUUGAACAUGUUUCCGCUACUCUGCAUUUUGUCUCUUUCUGUUACCUCAUUCACUCUUACCAACGCCGUUUCGCCCAUUCUCGAUGUUUCUUUUCUCAACCGCAGCAGUUUCCCCAAAGGCUUUGUUUUUGGAACAGCAUCCUCCGCAUACCAGUAUGAAGGUGCUGCAAGGGAAGAUGGAAGAGGACCGAGUAUAUGGGAUACUUUCACUCAUAAAUACCCACAUAAAAUAAAAGAUAGAAGUAAUGGAGAUGUAGCUGAGGAUACAUAUCAUCGGUAUAAGGAGGAUAUUGGAAUCAUGAAGUACAUGAAUUUGGAUGCUUAUAGAUUCUCCAUUUCAUGGUCUAGGGUACUACCAAAAGGAAAGCUUAGUGGUGGUGUGAACCGUAAAGGAAUAGACUACUACAAUAACCUCAUCAACGAACUACUGGCUAAAGGUUUGCAACCAUAUGUGACCAUUUUUCAUUGGGACGCUCCCCAAGCCUUAGAGGAUGAGUAUGGAGGUUUUUUAAGUCAUCAAAUUGUAGAUGAUUUUAGGGACUACGCAGAACUUUGCUUCAAAGAAUUUGGUGAUAGAGUGAAAUAUUGGAUCACUUUGAACGAACCGGGCUCUGUGACCACGUAUGGCUAUGCAUAUGGCGACCAAGCACCAGGUCGGUGUUCUGAUUGGCUAAAACUGAAUUGCACAGGUGGUGAUUCAGGAACUGAGCCAUAUUUGGUUGGUCAUCAUCUACUUCUUGCUCAUGCUGCUGCUGUCAAAGUGUUUAAGACUAAAUAUCAGAAAUCUCAAAAGGGUUUAAUAGGAAUUACCUUGGAUACUGACUGGUUUUUGCCGGCUUCAGAAAAGAAAUCAGAUCAAGAAGCUGCACGUCGAGCCCUUGACUUCAGCUUUGCAUGGUAUCUUGACCCAAUCACAAAAGGUGAGUAUCCAAAAAGCAUGCGAGUUUUGGUGGGAAACCGGUUGCCAAAGUUCACGAGAGAAGAAGCCAUGCAACUAAAGGGGUCGUUUGAUUUUCUAGGCAUAAACCACUACUCAACAUCUUAUGCUGCCCAUGCACCUCACCUACGUGGUCUCAAACCAACCCUACAGACUGAUUCUCUUGUUACUGAAACAAGUCAGAUUGACGGCAAGCCCCUUGGUCCAAUUGCUGCUUCAGACUGGCUAUGCGUUUAUCCACGUGGGAUCCGAGAACUGUUGCUUCACAUCAAGAACCAGUACAACAACCCCGUAAUUUACAUUACUGAAAAUGGUUAUGAUGAGUACAACGAUCCAACACUAUCACUUGAAGAAAGCCUUAUAGAUACUAACAGAGUUGAUUACUUAUAUCGAUAUCUUUAUUACCUUCAAAUGGCAACCAAGGAUGGUGUGAACGUAAAGGGAUAUUUUGUAUGGUCGUUUCUGGAUAACAUGGAGUGGGACUCUGGCUAUACUGAGCGAUUUGGAUUAGUCUUUGUGGAUUUCAAAGAUGGCUUGAAAAGAUACAUGAAACUCUCCGCAUAUUGGUUAAGGAAUUUUCUCAGUAUAUCUUAGUCAGAUAUUCAACAUGGUUGCAAGUAAAAUCAGAUAUGAAAUAUAUGACUAUGGAGCAAAAGGAAUAACCAGCACUAUGUGGUUAUCUUGAGUUCAAAUGUAGGACAUGUAACUAUUGAAUUGAAGGAAGAAUUUUCUCACCCAUGACAAUUAUAGUAAGUAGGAGAACAUUAGAAAUCAGAGUAGAAAUUUUAUGAAAGCGUUAUUAGCAUUUCCUUUGUCCCGUAACCAAGGCCACAGUUCGUAUGAAUAUACUUCAUGUUCCAUUGGGAAGCCAAAGAACUUAAGACCAUUCAUAAUGAAACAACUCCACUUGGGUGCUUCCAAUGGAACCCACUUGUA